AUGGACAAAGGAAAUACAGGGAGCAAGUGGGCAACUAGUCUUAAAAUGCUGGGACUACUCUUAGGGCUGGCUCUGAUUAUACUGGGAGUUUAUAAUUUUUUGGCUUUUGAUAUUAAGGAUCCGAUUAAUGUGGUGAUUCCAGUUUAUUAUAUGUAAAAAUCAUAUAGCUUAUUUGGAUUAUUGAUUAUUGGGUGUGAAAUUAAUUUCAAGUUUAUAGUCCUUAAGUUUUAUUUUUUGAGAGAGUUUUUGGGAAGAGGAAUGUUUUAUUUCUUGUAAGAAUAUACAUAAAAUGGCGUAUGACGACCAACCCGUCCUCCCAGUGACAGUAACUCGUCUAUAUCCGCAUGGUUUUCAGGAGAAGCGACUUAGCCCAGCAGUAUCUGGACCCUGGUGGCGACCGGGGACGAACACAAACCCGCUGAUCGUGGCCAGAUCCUAGGGCAGUUAGUAGCAUCUCCUUUAUCCAGCAGCACCCAAGCCAGUGGGUGCCCGAAAUGGAGCAGGGCGAUUUUACCUGCUUAAACUGCUUCUGUGGUCUGCCUCGAAUCGCGGAAAACGAUUGAGGAUUUUCUCAAGCGGAUAAGCUGGGAAAAGGGGAGCAGAUUAGACGACUUAAAGGCGGUCCCUCCAGUUAAAAGGGUCCUUAAAUGGACGAUCUGGACAACCGGAGACAAAGACUGGCGUAACUCGGGGCGAAAGGCUGAGUUGGAAAUGGUGGUGCUCGGCGACGGUCGGCUGACGACCCAAUAGGGCAACCACUACCGAGAAACCAGGGGUUUCGGCCUGGGCUCAGAGAACCAGUGAUGGAAGUCCAUCCUUUUCGCUCGUGCCAGCACGCUCCUCACGGAGCGCGGAGGAAUGUCACGCAUGGAAGAAGGGACCUUAAAUACAUAUCGCUAAUUUAUUUAUUUAUUUAUUUCUUGUAAGAAAUAUUUAGCGUUGGGACACUUUGUUUGAGACAAGAAUCUGUCUUUCAAUAUAUCAUGGCAGCAGUGCUAAUGGCCGUUGGUGUUAUGUAUUGGAUACUGUUUUGUGCAUGCAGAAAUAAAGUUGAAGCUCCGGCCCAAGCCGUCUAA